UUAAUUCAUUAUGGCAAGGGCGUAUAAAUAAGCCGCAUCGCCAACAUGUUUCAUGCUUCACGGAAAGGUACAUGUUCCCGUUAUCAUGAGAGAAGUUAGUUUACUACUGCUUGCGCUGAUCGGCGCCACGACAGCAGCCUACAACGAUCCCACAUGUAAUUUCGACAGUGACUUGAGCGGCUGUGGCUGGUCACAAGUCUACGGCGAUGACUUCAAUUUUCGGUUCCGGCGCUACGGCACCCUCUCGAACGGCACAGGUCCAAGCGAUGACAUCACAGGCGGAGGGAAGUACGCCUACAUCGAUGCACGGUACCAGUAUAAAGGCGACAAGGCGCGUCUCGAGUUCACUGGUCCAGAUCUUGGCGUACAGUGCAUGGAUUUCUACUUCUAUAUGCGCGGCGCAGGUAUGGGCACUCUUAACAUCUACAAUAACGGCAAGCUGCUUUUCACGAGGUCUGGAGACCACGGCAACAGGUGGCAUUUUGGAGAAGUGACUCUUGUUGGCACGAGAAAGAUUGUUAUUGAGGCUGUGGUUGGUCCAACCGAUAAGAGCGAUGUUGCUAUUGAUGACAUUAUGGUCUGGCCAGGCUCAUGCCCGGGAACAGUGACUCCUGUCCCCACCGCACCCCCUCCACCACCUACAACUACCGCUGCCAUCACUACAAAAGUACCGGUUACCACUCGAGCACCUAUCACACAGCCACCUUCAGGCUCAUGCGGCAGUAAGCCAAGUGGGACCCGUAUCGUGGGAGGCACCGAGGCACCAGUCAACGGAUGGCCCUGGCAGGCCAUGCUCCGGUCAGCGGGAGGCUCACAAUUCUGCGGGGGCUCCUUGAUCCACCCUGAAUGGGUACUGACCGCUGCCCACUGUCUGGAGAACACUCAGCCUUCUGAUAUCGAGAUAAGACUCGGCGCGCAUAACCGCAUCAUCGACGACACAGUCGGAACAGAACAAGACAUCAAGGUGUCAAAGAUCGUCUCCCACACGAGCUACAACUCCCCUCUGCAGUACUCACACGACAUCGCGCUCAUCAAGCUAGCCACGCCCGCUAUUAUGGGUAAUGGUGUGGGUACCGUCUGUCUUCCGGACACAAUCCAAAAACUGCCGCUGGAUGACCUGAACCAAAAGUGCUGGAUAACAGGCUGGGGCACACUUGCAUCCGGCGGAAAUCAGCCUAACAAGCUAAUGCAGGCGUCAGUACCACUCGUGUCUCAGAGCAAAUGCAACACAGCGUACCCUAACAAGAUCCACGACAGCAUGCUUUGCGCAGGCCUGGACGCUGGUGGUAUUGACGCAUGUCAAGGAGACUCUGGCGGACCGCUGGUCUGUGAAUACAACGGACGCUGGCACAUAGAGGGCGCUACAAGCUGGGGCUACGGAUGUGCGUCACCCAAUCAGUACGGAGUGUAUGCGCAUGUGCGCUACCUGAAGGCUUGGGUGCAAGGCAUCAUGGGGGCUGCACCACCAACACCGCCCCCAGUCACGGAUGCACCAACUCCUCCGCCACCAGUGAAAACCACAGCCGCCCCGACUCCUUCCCCGCCACAGACCCCGCCUCCACCAACAGGCUCUUGUGGCAGUAAGCCAAGUGGGACCCGUAUCGUGGGAGGCACCGAAGCACCAGUCAACGGAUGGCCCUGGCAGGCCAUGCUCCGGUCAGCGGGAGGCUCACAAUUCUGCGGGGGCUCCUUGAUCCACCCUGAAUGGGUACUGACCGCUGCCCACUGUCUGGAGAACACUCAGCCUUCUGAUAUCGAGAUAAGACUCGGCGCGCAUAACCGCAUCAUCGACGACACAGUCGGAACAGAACAAGACAUCAAGGUGUCAAAGAUCUUCCCCCACACGAGCUACAACUCCCCUCUGCAGUACUCACACGACAUCGCGCUCAUCAAGCUAGCCACGCCCGCUAUUAUGGGUAAUGGUGUGGGUACCGUCUGUCUUCCGGACACAAUCCAAAAACUGCCGCUGGAUGACCUGAACCAAAAGUGCUGGAUAACAGGCUGGGGCACACUUGCAUCCGGCGGAAAUCAGCCUAACAAGCUAAUGCAGGCGUCAGUACCACUCGUGUCUCAGAGCAAAUGCAACACAGCGUACCCUAACAAGAUCCACGACAGCAUGCUUUGCGCAGGCCUGGACGCUGGUGGUAUUGACGCAUGUCAAGGAGACUCUGGCGGACCGCUGGUCUGUGAAUACAACGGACGCUGGCACAUAGAGGGCGCUACAAGCUGGGGCUACGGAUGUGCGUCACCCAAUCAGUACGGAGUGUAUGCGCAUGUGCGCUACCUGAAGGCUUGGGUGCAAGGCAUCAUGGGGGCUGCACCACCAACACCGCCCCCAGUCACGGAUGCACCAACUCCUCCGCCACCAGUGAAAACCACAGCCGCCCCGACUCCUUCCCCGCCACAGACCCCGCCUCCACCAACAGGCUCUUGUGGCAGUAAGCCAAGUGGGACCCGUAUCGUGGGAGGCACCGAAGCACCAGUCAACGGAUGGCCCUGGCAGGCCAUGCUCCGGUCAGCGGGAGGCUCACAAUUCUGCGGGGGCUCCUUGAUCCACCCUGAAUGGGUACUGACCGCUGCCCACUGUCUGGAGAACACUCAGCCUUCUGAUAUCGAGAUAAGACUCGGCGCGCAUAACCGCAUCACCGACGACACAGUCGGAACAGAACAAGACAUCAAGGUGUCAAAGAUCGUCUCCCACACGAGCUACAACUCCCCUCUGCAGUACUCACACGACAUCGCGCUCAUCAAGCUAGCCACGCCCGCUAUUAUGGGUAAUGGUGUGGGUACCGUCUGUCUUCCGGACACAAUCCAAAAACUGCCGCUAGAUGACCUGAACCAAAAGUGCUGGAUAACAGGCUGGGGCACACUUGCAUCCGACGGAAAUCAGCCUAACAAGCUAAUGCAGGCGUCAGUACCACUCGUGUCUCAGAGCAAAUGCAACACAGCGUACCCUAACAAGAUCCACGACAGCAUGCUUUGCGCAGGCCUGGACGCUGGUGGUAUUGACGCAUGUCAAGGAGACUCUGGCGGACCGCUGGUCUGUGAAUACAAAGGACGCUGGCACAUAGAGGGCGCUACAAGCUGGGGCUACGGAUGUGCGUCACCCAAUCAGUAUGGAGUGUAUGCGCAUGUGCGCUACCUGAAGGCUUGGGUGCAAGGGAUCAUGGGAAAUAACUAAAAUGUCUUGGACGAAGACGAACUAAAUUACGACUUAGCAUUACAAAAAGAAAUAAAGAGCAAAACUUACAAA